CUAGUCUUCUGUCUCAAGUUAUUCUCUCAGCUGCCUUCCUCUGCCUCCUUCACGGCUGUUUGGAAAGCUCUGUAUACUGAAUUACAGUCAAAUUGUUUCCAGUUUAUUAUACGUUAUCAGCACAAUGCAUUCAAUAUAACAACAGCAGCAAUAGCAAGCACUCUGAUGUCGGCUGGAUGUACUUCCCCCUGUGCCUUCCGGAGAUAUAAACCCGUGCAGGAUCUCGCAUUUUGAGUUAAAAUGCCGUGAAAUCCUGAUAAACAUGGAUUAAUAUGGGCGAUUCUCCUCACUCCGUCACUUUAUGACAACAGAUCAAUUGUACCCUCCUCGGGAUAAACUCAUCCUCCCGUAGAUUUUAAGUUUGGCUGCUGGGAGCAAACUCUUUAGUACAUGAAGGACAGUCGACAAACAAACAAACACUGGACGCAAAAACAUCGGCGACAACAUGACUGAAGAAUUUGUGCAUGAAUACCAACCUCUGCUUAUUAAAGAAAUCAAAGAUAAAAAGCGGAUUAAGUUUCCGAACAAAUCCCUUCUCCUGGCUGUGUGUGCUGCUUGUAUAGGAGGAACCUUUCAGUAUGGAUAUAAUAUAUCAGUCAUCAAUGCACCCACAACGUAUGUGCAGAGUUUCAUCAACGAAACCUGGAGGGAGCGUUACCAAACAAACAUAUCAGAAGAUGUUCUCACCCUGCUUUGGUCCACUAUUGUGUCGAUAUUCACCGUAGGAGGAUUUAUAGGAGUAACAAUCGGUGGGACGCUGUCUGUGAAGCUGGGGAGGAAAGGGACGCUGCUGACCAAUAAUAUAUUUGCAUUAACGGCUGCUCUGCUGAUAGGUCUGAGUUACCCAACAGGAUUAUUUGAGUUACUCAUCAUUGGACGUUUUUUCACAGGAAUAAAUGCAGGCAUCGGCAUUUGUGUUCAACCUCUUUAUUUGGGAGAAAUAGCUCCAACUUCCCUUCGUGGUGCGAUGGGAAUGGGAACUUCUAUUUUCAUCACUAUUGGGAUCUUGACUGGACAAGUGAUUGGCCUCAAAGAGCUCCUGGGCAAAGAAGAGUACUGGCCCAUCCUGCUCUCCACCACAUGUAUCCCAGCCAUCCUGCAGCUCCUCAUCCUGCCCUGGUUCCCAGAGAGCCCACGCUUCCUGCUCAUCGACAGAGGAGAUGACGAGGGAUGUAAGAAAGCCCUGAAGCAACUGCACUGCGCUGACUAUGAUUGUGAAUGGGAGGAUAUCGAGAAGGAGAGGAAUAAUUUAGUAGAUUUCCAGGCCAAGAAGCCCUGGGAGCUUUUAAGUGAUCGUAGUAUCCGCUGGCAGCUUCUCACCAUCAUCCUGCUCAACGCUGCACAACAGCUGAACGGCAUCAAUGCUAUUUACUUCUACGCAGACUACUUAUUCAAACAAGCUGGCAUUCCCGCUGAUACAAGACCAUAUGUGACCGUUGGCACUGGUGCCUGUGAAUGCAUCACGGCUUUAACAUGUGGUAUGCUCAUCGAAUGUCUGGGAAGGAAAGUACUCAUCACGGGAGGAUACACGCUGAUGAGUAUCUGCUGCGUGUUAUUUACGCUAACGCUCACUUUUCAGGAUGCCAGCCCAGUAAUUCCAUACUUGAGCAUGGCAUGUGUCUUUGCCUUUAUUCUGAGUUUUGGCUUAGGACCAGGUGGCGUGACUAACAUCCUGACCACUGAGCUGUUCACACAAACAUCACGCCCUGCAGCGUACAUGAUCGCAGGGUCGGUGAACUGGCUGAGCUUCUUCUUCAUCGGCUUGGUCUUCCCUUUCAUUGUGAUCGGGCUGCAGCAGUACUGUUUCCUGGUGUUCUUGGUCAUUUGCUCCUUAAUGGCUGUAUAUAUUUACCUUGUCAUUCCUGAAACCAAGAACAAAACCUUCCUUGAAAUCCAGAAUGAGUUCCAGACCUCGAAGAGCAGAAAGGAUCGCAGUGCUGAUGGAGUAGGCACAACACUGUUAUCAACAUCAAUAUGAAAUAUAAUUCUCAGGGGUUGAGCAAAAAAGCUUUUUUAUGUCUCAAAAUAUUUAUGUCACAACUUUGAGUACUUGCCAGGAAGAGUUAUAGUCCACACACACACACACACACACACACACACACACACACACACACACACACACACACACGCAUACACACACACACACACACACACACAACACAACAGAUUACUAUAAAACAUGAGGCAUAAUAAUAAAUUAUACUGUAAAUUAUGGUGCUUUGCUUGAACUUCAAAGGUAUACAUCUCUUCAGUGUAACUACAAACAUAAAUUUAAUUGAUCUUUGUAAUAUUUUGUAUGAAUAAUUGUUGGUUUGUACUGCUUUUCAUUAAAGAUCCAUUUAUGAAAAA